UUGUCUCAGAGUUCAGGGGCUCAACUUUACUGAAAUGUUAUGAAGCUCAAAGAGAAAGUCAAAAGAGGCAGAAGCUGCUCGUCCAUCAGAGCUAACUGUCUGUGAAUCUGCACUCAGGUAGAGUGACCUGCAGCAGGUAAACACUAAGGAUAGCACAGCUGAUGCUCAGAGCAGAGAGCAGACAGGGAGACAUCUACCUGGACAUGGAUCACCUGCUGCUGGUGCUGCUGCUGCUGUGGAGCUCAGGCGUCCAGGCUGAAGUAAAACAGAGAUCUACAGAGCCUGAUGAUGUCAGGUUGGUGGGAGGAGCCAAUCGCUGUGCAGGUGCACUGGAGGUGAAACUGGAGGAGUGGAGACCAGUGUGUGCCUUUCAUGAUUCCUGGACCCUGAAAGAAGCAGGUGUUUUCUGUGAACAUCUGGGCUGUGGCUCAGCUGUUUCUAUAGAAAAGGCAAACAUCUUGCAAACAGUUGCAUGGUCGAUCACACCUGACUGUGUUCUGUCCACAUCUCCUCUGAAGAAUUGUGCAACAAGAAAACAUUAUUCUUACCAAAUCCUGAAACUCACCUGUUCAGAUCUGCUUGUUCAGACAAACAUCCAUGCAUCCUCCAUGGACAGGGUUUUCAGUGCCCAGCAGCAGGGGCUUCAGGUAUCCAGGGGCUCCAGCUUCACCAUCAGCUGCUCCAUCCAGCCACAGUACCCAGGAGGCUCUUUCCAGCUCACCUUCACCUCCUCCAACACAACAUACAGCUGCACCCAGCCAGCUGUCAGUCACUCUGCCCUCUUCCUGUUUCCUGCUGCAGAGCCCGCCCACCAAGGAAACUACAGCUGUGUUUAUCACGUCUACGUUUUCUCUCAUAACUUCUUCUCUGAGAGCCACCAGCUGUCUGUCACUGUGUCAGAGCCUGAUGAUGUCAGGUUGGUGGGAGGAGCUAGUCGCUGUGCAGGUAGACUGGAGGAGAAACAUCAGGGAGAGUGGAGACCGGUGUCUGGGUUUGACAGGAUCCUGGAUGAAACAGAUGAAGUCUGUGAACGUCUGCACUGUGGCCCGUUUGAUUAUGGAGGACUCAUAAAGUCCUCACAAACAUCUGUGUGGCAGAUCAGACCCGUUCAGGCUGGAUCUGCUCUGACAGAAUGCUCAACAUCAGAAAAGACUUUGUUCAUCCUGAAUCUCACCUGCUCAGAUCCAACAGAUCCAGAAGCUCAUAACGUCACUGCUGUCGUCCUGCUGGUGAUUGUGCUGUUUAUGAUCACUGCUCUAUGUUUCUACUGUAAGGCCAGCAGGGGGCAAAAGCCAAGUGCACCUGACAGCACUGAGCUGGUUUACUAUAACUUCAGCGUUUGUUCAGCUGAAGGAGGGCCGACUAAAGAGGAAGGAGCUCAGGGAGCAGAGGAGGAUCUCCAUGGAGAUCAUCUCACAUCCAGAUGAAUUUUUUAGCUGACACACAGCCGUCCGUCCUGUCGAAUAACACAGCUGUUUUCUAUUGAACACAAACGCUCAUCGCCUCAUCUUACACGACACUGGAAAGUCUGGGAAAAGCUAACUGGAUUGGAUUGGACUGGACUGAUUAUUGUCUAUUUACAUAUCAAUAUAUGGUGUAAGCCUUGAGUGCAGACUUAGUAAAGUAGAAAUCUAUUCUGAUAUCUUGAUAAACUCAGUUUAGAGAUUAGGAUGCAGAGAAGGAAAGCUGGAAAACCGGUGGCAGCAAAGUGGUAAGCUUGGAGGAGGAGAGGAGGUCUGUCCUCUCUGUCUGAGGACAAAGCAGAACCAAAUCUGUAAAACUUGGGAGAAGAAGGAGCUUGACAAAAGAAAAAGGAGGGAAAGAAGGAGGGUUAGAAAUAACCCGUCCUCACUCAAGAGCUGGCUGAUGGGUUCUUUGUUCUCUUAGAGUUUUGGAAGAAAACAGAAAAUAAAUAUGAAAACAAGGAAAAACCUAUAUAUGUUUUUUACUUUGAGCCUUUCCAGUUCCUGCUGCAGGGUGCAGGUUUGCAAACAGUGUAAAUGUGAUAAUAAAAUCAAAUCUGAGAAAUUCAAAGGGGCAGUAUUGUUGGAACUUAGCAAAGGAUUAAGUAAUGUAAACCAUAAACCAUAAUGUAAAUCACUCAUGUCAUGACAUGAAUAAAGGUUAUAUGUGUCCAGGUUUAGAGUGACUGAAACCGUAGACUUUGAAUAAAAUCACUGAACUGUGUGAAAAAGGGACAGAAAAGGAUGUAAAUGUUUUAUUUUCUCCACCUUUACUUGGAAAAGGGGAAGGAAAGGAAACAGAAGGUGAUAAGAGGACAGAGAUUAUGUAGGAUGUAAAAGCAGGAAGUUAAACUGAAUGUUUAAGAAAUGCUGUGCAGAGAUAUCACAAAGAUGUUAAUGGAUGAUAUUUAGAUUGUUUCCAAAUAAUGAGGCACACACUGACCCAGGGCCAUCAGGAAGAACACUGGAACAAAGCCAGCACAGUGACGUUAGCACUGACACCUGAAGGUCAAACCAAGACAUCUUCUCUGCUUUACGCUCAGUUUGUUUGUUUUUAUUGAAUAUUUAAAGGGUGAAACAGUUGGAACAAUGUGUUGGUUCACUCUAAAAUGUUGCACACCACCAUCUUAGUUUACAAAAACAAAAAGUCUGAUUUCCUCCUCUGAAUCUUUUCUUUAUGUAGGUCUCUUUAAAUCUGUACAUGGCUCCUGCUCAUGUCAUAUUUAUAAUUCAGUUUAAUAAAUUAACAGCUCCGA